CGUCGGUUCUUUGCGGACGAGCAUGCAGCUCAUGUCUGCACAGCAGUAUUGAGAGCUUUAGCACACUAUUCUGGCAGUUGCUCCAAUGUUGCCAUGAACGAAUGCCUCCAUUUUCUGUGUGAUUUACUAAAUGGAAUUAAAGCGCACGAAACCACAUCACCUUUAUCCCACCAAAGCGCUUACAGCACUGAACAACUUUUAGCUUGCUUUAAUAGUUUAGCAUCCCAAGUAAAUAAUAACUCAAACGCUAUUCUGUCCAGCGUUUUGGUUUUACAUUCUCUAAUAUCAUAUCAACCAGAACAUCUUGAAAUCCGAAGUGGUAUAGCCACUUCAUUAGUAGAAGUCUUGGGAAAGUGGCUGUCUUUACUAAUAGGAGAGCUCAAUCAUUCAGCGCUAGUGGGAAGUAAUGAUUCUGGAAUGUUCUAUGUUGUCACAUGCCAACUUGGAUUAGACAUUUUAAGACUACUAAAAUAUUUACUCGGUACCAGAAAUAAAACUGAUUUCGUACAGACGAUCUUAAUUGAUGAACAAGAGGAAAAUAUUCUGAAACAAUGCGCUUGCCACAUUAAGAGUUCCGUUCGUAACAUAAUGUUAGAACUUGUUACGUUUACAAAGGAAUAUGAAAAACACUUAACCACCGAUGAAUAUAGUGUAUUUUUAGAGUUUCUGCUCAAUUUCUUCUAUGAUAAUACAAAAAGCGACGACAUAUCAGAUUUUUGUGAUAUUCUUUUCGCUAAAGGAUAUUUGAUUUUGUUACCUCAAGUCCAAAUUAUAAGAAAGGAUACAACGGUUCGGAAACUAAGUACACUUCUAUUAGGAGAAAUGUUGAAGGUGUUAUCUGAUAAAUAUUUAAACAUGGACGCCGGAAAUGAUGACACUUGCUCAUCAGUAAUACAUACAGGCUUAUUAGAACUACAAUACGGAAUAGAAAAGCCUCAAGAUAUCGGCUCGCAGUUACAAAAAUCGCAACCUUACAGUCUUCUUAUUUACAUUUAUUUCUAUUGUCAAUCAUCAGAGAACCCCGAAGAGGCGACUGCUCCUCUACUUCCGUUCUUGGUGGAACACAUCCUCAGGCUACCACGGACGUUUUCACCACCUGCUUAUAUUAUAAAGGCGCUGUGGCUUGUUUUCGCCAUGUCAUCAAUAUCCAACGGAUCUCUGGACACGCUAGACCAGAGGGUGUACUUGGAGAAGGCUACCAAUCGUCUGGUUGCAAUGUUACAACCAGAACCCUCAGUAUACUAUACUCACAACCCAGCGAUAUUAUUAUGGACAUUCACAUCACAACGGAUCCCGAUUUAUGUUCGAUUACACGUUUUAUCACAAUGGCUGCAAAUUGAAGAUUCAUUACCAAUUGAACUGACAAAUGAACCGACAGUUUGGGAGAUACUUCUUAACAUACUCACACAAUGCAAGAACAAAACUAUACUUGGAAACUGUAUUGAGACAUUGAGAUUGUGUUUAGAAGAUGGCGAUGACGAGGCUCGACAAAAAUUCGCAUCGCUGGUGUGGUCAAUGUUGCCAGAUGUGUUAUCACGGAAGCUUAUAGAUUACAACAAUGAUAUGGAUUUGAAUAUAUGUAAUUUAUUAGACUUAGCGAGUACACUAAUACCUUUUGAGGUAGAUCAAAUGUUGUGCCUCAAAAUAGCUGUGCUGCUAACUACUAUAUUCUCAAAAGUUGAUUCCGCUGAAAUAGAAUGUAGACACCAGUUCGAGUAUGUGUGCUUGAAACUCUGCCUAUAUUUAUUGGGAUUGUCCAGCAAUCAAAACGACAAUAGAGUGCUCCUGACGUACAUAAAUCGAACUGGCUACCUACCUGCGGUGCUGGCCGCCACCGGUAGUACUGAUGACAGAGUAGCCUGUGCCGCUCUCCAGUUACUAUCAUAUCUAGUAUACUACUACACCAAGAAUAAUUAUAAGCCGAAAUCAGUCCUACAAGUUCAAACGGACCUGAUAGUGAAGUCUCUCCGUCAAGACAGCUCCAACGAGCGAGGUGCAUCGUUGUUACAAUUGGUGUACAUAAUACUAAACUCUGAUAUGAGCACACCACUGGUUCUCACAUACGAGUAUAACGCAAUCGUGCCAACGAAAACGCAGCAAUGUACCGCACUCAGAGCACUGAUGUUUAGAAUACAACUGAUGUUAUGCUGUAGGGAAUCUGAAACACAAUCAUCCGCCGGUUGGAAAACAUUAAGUUCAAUAUUCAAACAUGCAAUCAUAAACAAGAAUGAUCCAAAUCUAGUCGCCAUUCUCACUUCACAAUCUUGGACACACAUACUUAUCCAGUUUCAACUAACACAGAACAUAACAGACGAAUUCCUAACAUUCACGCAGAACUGGCUUACACUAUUAAAAAUUACAAUAAAGAGAAGCAAAGAAGAGAACAAAAGACAGCUGUGUACGCAGAGUUUAGUAAUAAAAACAAUAAUUUUAAUGAAGAAAAAAAUAACGGUGAACGAUCAGAUGAAAGAAAAGAAAGAAAGAAUUUUAAUGAUUGUUGAUGAAAUUUUGGAUGAAAGCGGAAUACGAUUUACACAAACAUAAAUAAAAUAGAUGAAUUCAUACGUAUAUCAAAAUAGUUCAAAAAAGAUGAUUGAAUAAAUUAAGAAACUAAUGAAAAAAUAGAUUAAUAAAGAAUGAAGUUCCAAGUACAAAAGA